CUUGCGCGCUCCGCUCCGCCCCAACGUCGACGUCUGUAAUCAUUAUGGAACCUCAACAAUCUCAACUAUCGCUCGACGAUAAGGACGCCAAACUUCAGAAGCGAAUGGCUAUGUGGAAGCGAGCGCUCGAACUUGAUUGCCCCACGUGCGUGGCCAAGCUGGCAAGGUACACAAUGCCCGUGUGCCAUUCCCCGUCCCCUCGUGGCUACAUCACCUACAAACCGGUACCUUUGGGCUACGAAAGGCACGUCGGGCCAUACGUGUACGGGUGGCCCAUCCGUGAAACCGAUUUCGGGGACCUCGCGAGGAAAUUGGGAAUGAAAUACGUCUCCAAAGAUCUCGACUUGGUUGGCGCAUGGAUUCUUUCGCGCCUUGAGCAGUUGGCGAAGUUGCCGUUCACUCUGGUGCGGACGUGGGCUCUUCCAGACGAACAAGCCGUGGCCGAUGGUUUUGAUUACGUUUCACCCUGGGACGACCACCUUCCUGGAGUUCGCAUGAUGGACGUCAUCGUAAUGAGCUCGACCAGCAACGACCGUCUGUACAAUCGAAGGCCGACGCUAGAGCAGUGGAAGGAGCUGACCAAGUGGCUAGGAGCGGACGCAAGGUGGUUUGAAUCCGUUUUUCCCAAAUACAAAUUCCCUACUUGGGCAUUCAGGAGCGAGUUCUCUAUGUCCGCAUUGUAUAAUUAACCCUAGUACCUCAAACUUGGACGCAGCAGACCUGUCUUAGUAUGUAAUAAUGUCCGUGAUAUGAGGACGCCCAGUUCUCUUGGUGGCA